AUGCACAUCUCUAAAUGUUUUUUUCCAGUGCAGUGCUGUGAGUUUCUGUUUGUGCGCCAUUAUUUGUGUAGGUGGAAAACAAUCUGCAAUCUGGCGUUCUUUCCUGCAAGACCUGUAUCGGAAAAAGCUCGAGAAGACGUUACAGCCAAAAGAAAAAAAGUAAUUCUCCGGGAAAUACGAUAUAACCUGCAAAACGACAUCGAGUCAAAUGCUCCAACAUCAGAUGGGACGAAUCCAUCCACUUCUAAUGUUCCGGUUGAACCUUUCGAAAGUGCACCAAAAUUUAUAUCAAGUAACUGUUUGGAAACAAUAGAUAAAGCACCGCCAUCGAGCACGACGCAGUAUUUCUUGUCAUCGGAUAACCAUUCAAUUUUGGACCACCAGUGUGAUGUUUUCCCACCUUCACGUGCCUUAAAACGAUCAUUCGAUGUAAUAGAAAACGAACCGAACGAGUCUACAGAAAUACAAACCAAUCCUGUCUUAUUAGUUGCUAAAAAUCGGAAAACAAGCCGAAUUGAUGCGUCUACAACACUACUGCUUUCCCAGUUUGAAAUCGACUGGUCAAUCAUCCCAUUCGACAUCAUAAGUCAAUUAGAAAACACGACGGAAACUGUUUUGAAUGAAACGGAUUAUAACAGAUUCGUUGAUCACAUUGUUGGACAAACACGUAAUAUAACGACAUCAACUCCUCUUUCUGUAUACAGACAAAUAGCUCAAGUUAUUGUGAAUAAGUAUAAUUUUUUCAUUGAUGUCGAUGACGAUGGAAUAAUAAUUGGGAAUGGUUGUAGCAGUUUAAUAGAAAAAUUGAAGAACAGGAAUUCAUAUUUGAACCGUGCUCAUAAAAGUGGCCAUCACAACAAGAAUCUGAAAUUAGGAGACGAUCCUAUGAGACAAUGCCGAAUCGGCAUUAGAGAUAAUUACUAUUUUACCGGAGAACCGCAUGUACCAAAAAGUUGCUUGCAAAACCUUUUAAAAAAUAUAGGCUGGGAUAUGGAUCUACUAACAUCAUCGAAAUCGUAUAUCCGCUUCAAGAUGGAUUCUAGUUCAAUUAAUGAUUUGAUGGACAACUUUCCGAUUUUGAGAAGAAAAGCAUUUCUUGAAUAUCAUUUUUUCGAGGCCACUGGAGUUGAAGCUGAAAAUUUCAAAAACAAUUUCCUAGAAAAACGAGACAGAAUUAUUAGUUUGUCACAAACGUACCGAAACAAAUCCCUACACAUCCAGAAUUCCGCUGACGAUAAAUGUGUGUUUUCGGGAAUCGCAAGACUUCUUAAAGAAGAGUUGACAGAAAUCAUUCACCUGACCUUUAAACAGAUUAUGUUUACGUAAAAAGAUUACUAGAAAUUUUUCUAUCUUUCAGGCAGAUGAUACUGAAGAGACGAUAGUCAAACAAUACCCAAUAAUUGUUGCAAUAGGUUCAACUCAGCAAUUUUUCAUACAUGCACAGGGUCACAGAAUUAGCGAAAAUUUUUGCAGCUUUGCUUCAGCCGUUCAAUUUUUAAUUAUAACAUACUUUAUUUACUAUUAUUUCUAUCCAACAAAUUUUUCCAAAACUUUGGAAUUCCUGCAGAUUUACUUUUUUAAAUUAGUACCAAAUAAAGGGACUCGAUCAAGAGCCACCAUUGUAGGGCAGCAGCAGCGCAUGGUCCGCACAUUAUUGGUGAAGCUUGCCAAACUUAAAAACUAGAUACCUUGUAUUUGCAAUUAAAAAAUCUAUUA